CAAAGAUGGCGGACGUUGCAGAUCAGAAGGAGCAAAGAGUUUUGCGUGUUAACCAGGUACAUUUAUUAGUCAUUUUUUUUUAUCUAUAGUCUUUCAGCCACUCAUUGUUAUAUGAGAGAGUAAUUGAGUAAACUGAACGCUAUUUGUAGUUGGAUGCAGCUCAACUAGAUGAAGAAAUAAUCCACCUUUUGCGGACUCAACUGAACAGAGCAUUCCAGUAUUUUGAGGUAUAAUUUGUUUUUCAAAGACUUUAUACAAGUUACUACCAUUUAACAUAACUAUUUGUUUUAAUUUUCAUAUAGCUUCUAACUAAAAGUAAUUUUUUGGGCGAGUUUUAUGCGCGGCGAUUUAGAAAAUUUUAAAAUAUAAUUCGCAAAAUGUUGAAAUGCAUGGUUUGCACCGAGUCAUACGUACACCCAUAUCAUCGUAACUCAGCUUGGAAAACCAAGUGAAUUGAUUUGCCUUCAGUUGACACAGAGUCUAAGAGAUGAUCAGUGUUUUUUUCGUUUGCAUGGGGUUGGGUUUUGACAUUUUCCAAAAAAUUUCUUUCAAAUUCCCUGCGCGCGGGCAAAUCAUUCCAGUCAGAUGCACAGAAAUUUCCAUACCCCGGGCUGCACAUGGUUGCUUUUGAGUUAAGUUUUACCUGUUCUGGUUUCUAGUAAAAACAAUAACUGACAUCUUUUAUUGAAGUUUAACUACAGUAUCAAAACAUUUUAGUCCCGCACAGCAUUGUAAAACAUUUCCAAACUUAAGUAUUAACCUUAUACAGAGUUCAAUCUAAAUUAUAGAAUAUCCACUAAUGGCCCUGUCCCAUUCUCAAUUAGUACACGUCUGGUGAAGAAAGAUUCAAAUAUCCCCUCCCCUGGGAGAAAGUCCCAACUCAGGGCCAACGUAGACAAUGAAAUCCUCACCCCAUGCCCUGCCUCCCCCCUUUUUGGUCUGUGAUAAGGUCAAGACUUGGAGAACCAGAUGGCACAUCCCCUCCUGUAGAUUAGCUUCCUUUUGCACUCUGUAUGUUAGUGCUCUGCAAUCUUUAACUAUUUCUUUAUUAACCACUACUUUUAUAAGAGGGUGUAAGUUAUUCUGUAAUGGAGUGUAAUGCACAAUGCAGCAAUGCAGCAUGGUGGCUGGAUUGUCAAUGUUGGUGGUAAAAAAACAAAUGAGAAUAACAGAAUGCCUUUUUGCACUAGGCUGGUGUGUUAACGAAAUAUGAAGCUGAACUGAAUGCUGUUCUACGAUUUCUUGUUUGGAGGGUGAGUAUACUGAACCCUUUACCUGCCAAGAUCUGAUAAGUAAUUCUCCUUUUUGGCUGGUUUAGAUUUUAUUGUGCAUUAGCUUAGAGAAUUUGGGUUUAUAUCAAAACACAUUCUCUGGCUGCUACAUUUGCUUUUUCUUAUCACCUUCCUGCCAGAGAAUGUCUUGGAUUCAUGUAUUAUAAGGAGAAAUUAGAUGGCAAUCAAUAUGAAAGUUAAAGGGCUUAGCUCAAAAACUACAUGUACAUGUAGAUGUUGGGGUUCAAGUUUUGGUUUGAAUUUUUUUUUGUUGCUUCAAAGUUAUUAUCAUACAUUGUCUUACAUCAAAACAAAAGAAACAAAUAGAUGAGCCACAAUUAAAAUUUAGUCACAUCAUAGAUUUUAUGACUCUGUAGCAUGCUUGAAUAACCGCUUGGAUCAGAUGUGGUUGUAUGCACGUUUAUAAGAAACCAUGGUUAUUGAAGCAGAAAGCUUAGGUCUGAUAGCUGAUCAUCCUAAUAAGUUGCAUGGACUAAGAGUGCAAGGCACCAGUUUGCCAUGAUAUCUCCUAAUUUGCCAACCAUGUUUGUCCUUGUCAAUGUCAGGACUGUGCUCUAGCAGAGCCCGGAGAUUGCUUACUGUUUUUCUUGGGUGACUAGAAAAUCUCCGUUUUUUGCAUCGAAAUGGGCACCCUUGAUUUCAGAGGUUCUGAGUAUUUCUAGGGCUCCCUACAGGUUUCCUUAGAACACAGCCUUGAAGAUGCUUUCUGCCUGCCUUUGCUAGAAACUUAUGUCCCCACCUAUGGGGACCGAGUUUUUCAUUUGCCCCCAAACUUUGGAACAACCUGCUGGUAAAUAUUAGAACAAUGCAUAUGAGUCCCUUAGAUCCCUUUAAAAUAAAGCGCAAGACCCAUCUCUUUCAGGACGCAUUCUUAUAGCAUUUCUUAGCAUUUUUGUGGCAUUUUUAGCAUUGUAGCUUUUGUAUUUUUUAAUAAUUAUAUCAAUUGAUGGUAAUAUCAGGCCAUGAUAGAUUUUUAUUUCUGUAAACACAUUGAGGCAAUACAAAAUGCUUUCCAAAAACUGCAAGUAUUAUUUUGUAUUUUUGUUAUUAUUAAGAGGAGGGUUGCUAUCCAGCAUUGAUGUUGCCACGGGUAUUCUCAAAGUUGAUGCUAAAAAGUAACAAACAAUAAUAUCUUUUUGCAUUUAUCAGUUUUCAAGGUUAGGUGAGUGUGUACCUAGUAGAGCUGUGGUCUAAAAAAACCCCUUUGAUUCAGUUUUCAGUUUACAACUGUGAAGCCACUGUCGGCCAGAUAAUGCUUAAUAUGAAGUAUAGCUCAACAGGUAAGAGAUAAGAAUCGUUACAUUUAUGAAACUCAAGAUAGAUUGUUGGAACCUUUAUUUAAGUGUCAAAGUAUUUAUUGGGGCCAUUAAGAAAGCUAUACUAUUAAAAUGCUUUUAAAAACAAAGUGAAUAUUUACAGAGGUAGAAUGCUUAGUUUGAUUUUACUUAACCCUUGAAUAAGGUAGUAGAUUACUACACAGUUAUUAUGCACUAAUUCCAUUGUCUAUCACUCAUUUUUGUUUACUUGUAGCAAUUUGGCAUUGGUUGUUAGUAUCUGUUUCAUGAGUAAAGUAAAAUCACCCUUAGGAAACCUACACUUCUUGUUAAGCUUCAAAAGUGAAUAUUUACGAUACUAAGAUAUUUAAUAAAAAUGUCUUUAAAUGAAGAAUGAUCCUCGCAGUUGUGAAUGCAGUUUAUGCAAUUGCAUAAGAAGGCUGAAAAAAAUUCAGGACUUCAACAGGAUUUGAACCCAUAAGCUUGAGAUACCGCUGCAAUUCUCAUUCUUCAUUUGAUUUAAUUUCCAAAGUUCUUUAUGAUUUAUUUCACAUACAUUUGUCACAAAAAUGUCUUUGUUACCUGUACCUCUAGAAGGCACAGCUUUUGCUUUUAAGAGGCACAAACAUGAAGUCUAUUAAAUGCCCAGCAAAAGAAGGAAAUGGGAGAAGAAAAGUGAAGGGAGUGAAGUGGGAGAAUGCAAAAGAGGAAAAAAGUGCUUCCUGGGUCUGCCUGCACUUAGAAAGCAGACAAUCAAAAACAAAAGCCAUCAUAGAUCUCAACUUGUAAAAAGGUUUUGCAUAGUUUUGCUUCUCUCUGGCAAGAUUGUGGACAGAGAAAAGGGUGUUUUUGGCAAAAUCUCUGAUGAGUUCACUUCAGGCAUGCUAAUGGUGGUGUGAAAAGUACUUAUGGGUUUGGUGUCUGAAUAUUUUUCAAUGUCUUUAAUCUGUUGAAUUAAUUUUAUUUACUUCAUUAAUUUUGGUAAUCACACCUUCUACAAUCCUCAGAAGCUAAGGUUAUGUGAGUAAUGUCAGGUUAUUGUCAUACGUCCUGAUUGUACUUAACCGAAGAAAUUAACCUUCUUUCCACAGGACGCAGUUUAUCUUUGUUACAGAAACUGUUAGUUGGUUUCUGUGUUGUGGGAAUACCUUACAUGAGAGAGAGGAGUACUGAGAUCAGAAGAAUCACUGACAAAUUAUCAGACUUCAAUUUUGUGAGUAAAUAACCUCAUAAAUAGUUGACAUAGUUGAGAUAAUUAUGUAGCUUUGAAAGUCUAGGAAAGUCAAAUGGGGAGCUACAUUAAACCUGUUUGAAAUUUCCCUGUGCAAUACCUUCAGACUUCAUUUACUUAUUAAAGGGACCAAUCUAGUUCAAAGAGAUGUUUGAAACUUGUCUGCUUUUUUUCAACUGGAUUUGGCAGUUGUGCGAUAAAGAAACACUUGUGCACCCAAUGAAAAUCCUUGCAUAAUCUUCAUCUCUUUUAUAAAAAUAUGAAUGUGACUGGUUGAAUACCCAGUGAGACUGAUUGGCAAGUCAUGAAAGCAUGAAGGAAUUUGACAAACAGUAAUGCUUUUUAUUGAAAACUAUUGGAAAUUAUUAGAAGAGCAUAAUACAUGACUUUAGCUAUAAUUGUAAAAUCUGGUUGAUUGAUCAAUAGUUUGCUCGUAGUAUAAAUUAUUGUCAAAAAGGCAACUGCAAGGACCGAUCAAACAACGUGAAUAGAGUUUAGUUACGAUAUCUCGAGUGGCCAAUACCAAUCUUCAUCAGGUUUAUUGGGAAGAUCACGAAAUUACAGAAAUAUUUUUGCAGUACUACAAUGGGUGGAAGUGACGUAGUUGUUUUUCUACUGGAAAAAAAUAAGAUAACAGAGAAACAAAUGAAGAUAUGUUAUAUACUAAAAUAUAGAGGCGGAUCAUAAAUCAUCAUUACUAAUUUAGACUGAUCGCGAUCUGUUUUGAUCCAGUGUUGAGCAAGAUUGAUCGGACACGGUUUUUUGCAGUGGUCUAGUACCUUAAAUUUUCAUUCUUUUAUAGUCUGUCUAUAGUUCACAAGACCUAAUUUUGGUUACCAUGAAUCCAUGAAUCCAUGAAUCCUUGUCUAUUUUAAACACAUUUGGCUUAAUAGAGACGGAAGGCUUAUUUAAGAGGGGGAGGGGCGGGGGGUGGUGUUAUUUAAUUUAGUAAAGGCCAUGGUGUUAGUUCUCCAUAGAAAUCCAAAAUGCAAGGUGGAAAAGCUUAAGUACAAAACGUUGGAGGGCAUGCAUCUGGAGAUCAAAAACAAAUCCGAACUUCCAGCUGGUAAUAAACCAUCCUGGAUCAGUCCAGACGAAGUUUUACAGUCAAGAUUGAUUAAUACAGUCUAUCAUAAUAAGGGGGGAGGAGGACUGAAAAGAGAGGGGAGGGGGGGCUUAUCAACUUUCUUCCCCUGAAAAAUGGGGGGGAGCUUGUUAGAGAGAGGGGCGGGGGGUUAAUAGAGGAUUUACGGUAUGUUUGUUGUUCGUUCUUGCCCUUGCUCACUCCAGGUACUCUCCGCAAAAUACAACUUCGUGGUUUUUCCAUUCAAUUUCAAAUUUUAAAAGAGUAGAAAAAGAACCUAUUUUAUGUUCUGCUAAAUCGUUGUUAUGGGGUUUCAACGUAUACUCUGAUUGUUAUAUUGAUAUUAAAAGCUACUUCCUUUUGACAUUAUACUAUUUAACUUAGUUCUACGUGCUUUUACUGUGGUUGUAAUAUACAGUCAUGAUUAUCUUUCUGCUCUUUACUUUUGUUAUAGAUCUGGAAAUGCAUUUAUGCUGGAGAAAAGCUGCUUCAUGUUUUGUCUGUCCUAAACUUUCUUGUAUUUCUUCAAAGGGGAAAGUAUCCUUUUCCUGAUUAUUUUGAUCACACAAUUGCCCUUAGUUUUUCAUUUACUCUUGGUGAGAAGAUUUGCUCAGUAGCUCUCAAAUCUCACCUCAGGAUUUCAUAAACAGACUGAGAAGUUAGAUUCACCUCAUAUGGCAUAAUUAUUAGGAAUUUGUUCAUGUUUAGCGUUCAUAUAUCGAGUUAUGGAUUCACGAGGGAAACGGAUUGGAGAGCACGAAAGAAGCGAAAGAGUAAUUCCCGGCUAUGCCUCGAGCAAUUCGUAUUAGGGAGCUUAAGCAACUACGACGGCAAGGGCAGCGAAAGCAUCACUUAGAACUAGAAUUCGCGCUGUUUCAAACUUCAUCGCUACAGUUCUACCUCGUUCAAUUUGUUAAAUAUGGGCGAAUUUUUCUAAAGUUAAUCCUAAAUGACUUUAUCCAAAUCAGAAACAGGAAAAAGAAAAUCGUUGUCUCGUAUUCACGUAUUUCAUAACACGUGAAAUCAAGAAGUUUCACGUCGUAGUCGCGCAAGGACUGCAAGGAAAUGUACAAGAAAGCGUGAUGCACGUGCAAAGUUGUUGUUUUGCUUAAAUCUUAAUCUAUUGCUUUUUUGCCGUUCUCGUUGCCGUCGCCGUCGCUGUCGUGGUUGCUUAAAGCUCCUCAUUGACCCACCAAGACGGUCUUAAUUGAAAGUAAAGCCCCCCCCCCGAAUAUUUUUUUUUAACGGAGAUUUUUUUCUCCGUUCUAGCCUUCCGUUCUCGCGUAAACGGUGUUUUGGAGCACCUAAAACGCAUUAAAAAUGGUCCCCAGAGUGGAGAUUUUUAAAAAUGCCUGUUUCUCAUUUUAUACGUGUGGACGGACGGUAACGGAGAACAGCAUGAUGUCAUACAUCAUAUUCCACUAGCAUUACGCAUGCUCUGUAAGGGAUGCUAUCGUAUUUCCAUCGUUUUAGCGUUUUUACAUGAACGGGCGAAAACGAUUCAAAUAUGCUCCGUGGGGACCCCCCCCCCUUCCCCACCUUGUUUCUAAACAGAGAAAAAAAAUCUCCGUCUUCAAAAAUAUCCGGAUAUGUGUUGACUUGGCCUAACUCUUCCAUAACAUUGUUGCGUACGCUUUUACGCCCUUAUACAACGAACGGCCUUUCUGGAAUUGAUCAGCUCUAUGUACAUAAAGGCCACUAAAAAAUCGUUCGAAAUCAGAUCACUUGAAGUUUAUUUCUUAAUAAAUGUUCGAGAUAUCCGUCAAUACUUGAACGUAUUCUUGGCAUUCAUCCAGUGUUUGCUCAGCGGCAGUCUAUUAGACAAGUCAGUUUUGAAUUUAUGACGAGAGAGUUGUUAUGGCAUGGAUUUGCGGUAAGUGUAUUUUUACUGUUUAUUUAAAGAUAGUACCUUCUGGCCCCUUUGAUAGAAAAGGAGGUGGGUGAGGGGUGGGGUGGGGGUAUUAACUAGGCUUACGUUUUUUUGAGGAGGCCCGAGGCAGCUUGGCCGAGCGGGUAGCCGAUGGACUGGUAAUUCGGAGGCCGCAAGUUCAAGUCCCGCCUUGACUGCUAGCUGGAUUUGUUCUCUGUACAUCCGGGUUCAGGUCCUCGGAAACACUUGUAAAGUAGCCUACUGGGCCGAGUUGUUCAAAGCUGGGUUAAGAUAACCAAGGGUUAGUGCGAGAUUUAGAUUCAUAUUUGAAAGCGUGAAAAGCAGUUAAGUCUUAAUUCUUUUGGUCUACAAGUUGAUGAUUGGAAGCUUUAAAAAUAACAGAGAUAAUUAUCCGAGAAAAUGCUCCUGAACACAAGAAAAAGAAACCCGGGUUAAAUUUAACCCCGGGUUAAGCACUAAUCGGCCUUCGAACAACCGGGCCCUGGUUCUCCUCCUGCCGGUUGGAAUUCUUAACCCUAUUAUGUUCCAUUUGAUCAUCAUCGCUGAAAAGCCGCAUAAGAGAAAAGGAUUCUCGUUUUUAUCUUUUCAUCUUUUUUAGUAAAAUCCGGUAUCAUUUUUAUUUAUUUACCUUUGAGCUGUACGUUAACCUUUGCUACACGUAUUCAAUUGAGUAUUCGUUAAAAAAUGACCCAGUGCUUCUUUCUUUGUCAGGAAUUUGUGUUCUUUCUUCUUCCGCUUAUCAACGUUCCAAAACUCAAGAACAUGAUAGUAAGACAGUUCUCACGCCCUGUCUCUCUUGAUAAGCAGCCGUCAAUCAAAGUCGCCUGCCACGAGUGUGGAAUCUGCAGUGAGCCACCCACUUCACCGCACCAGGGUCAGUGCGGGCAUGUUUUCUGCUACUACUGCAUAAAGGUAAAGUACAAUCUCCUUGUUCUUUGUUGUUUUAUUGUUGUCCCCCCCCCCGUGGGAGUACUCCCUUAUAUAAGCCAUAUAGGUCUGUGCGGCCCCCAAGGUUAGGGGUCUUGCGGAGCUUUGGUCUGAAAACGGGUAUAGACUUUUCCUAUUUUGGUUCUGAAAUCGGGUAUGAUUUUCGAGGGAACUACGGCAAGUGAAUGAACGUAUUUACCAUUUCAGUUCCAAAUGACUAAGAAAGAAAGAAAAAUAUGCAAAUUCGAAAUGGAUUUUAAGAAAUCUUUUUUGUUACUGUUCUAUUCUAAGUAAUGGUGACAAUAAAUUCUUAGAGGCCAGGUCUGAACAUGGGUGUGAAUAAGGACAUUUUUUGGGUCUGGAAUAGGGUCAGAAAUUGGACAACGGGGCAGCACACCCCAACCAAGAAUUCCCAGGAGUACCCCUCCGGUUUCGCACUAUAUAAGGAUAUCCAAUACAGUCUUGGAUUCUGGAUUCCACCGCGCCGUGGGUUCCGGAAUUCAGGUACUGGAUUCUGGAUUCUUUCUCUGUGGAAUUUGGAUUCCGGACUUCAAACUUUAGCGGGAUUCCGGAUCCCAAGGCCUGGUAUUCCGGAUACGACAAGCAAAACUUUCUUGGAUUCCGGAAUCCGGAUUACCUUAGAUGGGGCGAUUUCUUGCUUUCUCACCCAAUCCUCGUAACUGUUCCGAGAGCUUUCUUGCGGCCCGAAACGCUGCCAGUUUAUAAAGAAAAAACCCGUAGGCCGUGGUACGAGGAGGAUAUAAACCGUCUGAAUAAACUCCUCCAAAGGCACGCCCUUGGAAUUAGAAGAAAACGUUGUUUAUGGGGUAGCAUGCAAACAAUCUCUUCGCGGGCGUGAAAUAAUUGUGCGGCUGGCGCCGGUCAAGGUGGUUUUCAUGCAAUCUCGUGAGACACAAAUAACAAUGGUGAAAUGAACAAAUGUUGGUGGACAAACAAAACGAGCUCAUGAGCAAUCUUUUGUUUACCGUCCACCAGCAUGGCGGCGAUCACGUAACGUGAAAAACCACCUAUAGCUAUUUCGUCAUAUCUCUACCAAAGCAACCCUCUUACAACGCGCGCUACUCCCUCUCGCCGCUCCGUCUGUGAUGUAGGUAUUGAUGUAGAUGUAAGUAUAUUUAGUAAGCUCUCAUUGUACAUGAGCAUUGUCUAAAAUAGAGAAGGUGAUUUAAAAUUUCAUUUAGAAGCCUAAACUACCGGACAAAGUAUCCGGUCAUCCAAGGCUUUGACCAGACAAAGCCUACUUUUGAUCGGACAAUGUCCGUUGACCGGCUGUUAUUUCAAGCCCUGCUUCGAUGGCAGAUAGGAGCGCGCACAAGGGAAUGUUGCAUAAUCAUUGCCUAGUCCCAUUCUCCUCUGCUCCCGCAGGGUUUGCCGAUGAAAAUAGCAAAGAGGCCUCUCAGCUGCGGAGCAUAAAGGCCUAGUCCAUGUCCUUGUACUGUGUCUUCUCAGGCCUUCAUGGCCAAUACAUUUCGGUGACGUAUCCGAGGCUCGGACCACGUGACCCGAAACGCAUAGGCCACGCGCAAUAAUGAGUUGAGGGGACCACAUUAGGCAAGCAGUAUCACAAAAGAUAAAACACUGUGUGCGCUUUCUGAUCACGAGGGUGGGGGUGGGGGUGGGAGUGGGGGGAGUGCUGAGGACAAAGGCAUCGCGUUGCCUCACAACGUUUAAGUAGAAAAAUGCUUGAGGUAAAAUCUCCUUUUUUUCUAAAAAUGAUAAAAACAAGUCGCAGCAUCAUCUAAUGCCAAGGAGGUUUCCACAUUUUUUUGUUAAUUAAACCGCAUUAUUUCAGGCCAACAGUUUAGCGGACUCCUCCUUCCCCUGUCCGUUAUGCGGAGUUGCGGUUGGUGACGAUAUCACCCCUGUUGAAUGCACAGUUGCUUUGGAAGUCACGUGAACAUUUCCGCAACAAUCAGACCGACACGAAGAUUUAAUAUCGAUUCGAUACCGCCGACACGAUUCGAUACUUGGUAUACAGUGUAUAUCGUCCCCCGCCUUGGUACAGACGAGCUGAUAGCUGGAAUAACCGCGGAGAAAUUACGCGAAAGGGACGUGAACAGCGAGCCACGCACGCCGUUAUCGUCUUGGCUCGCCCAUGUGUCAACAAGGGAAAAAAGAACGAGCUAGCACCGUCGCUUCAAGAAUCAGAUACUGGAUCAAUGAAAAAACCGACCUCUAAAGAACAGUAUAAGGAAGGCACUUCUUUGGCUUCCCAGUUGCCUUCCUCUACGUCAGUAUGAAUUUGCAAGUCACGAAUAACCGUAUUGUUAAUGUUUCCCACGGAAAGACGGGCGUGAGUAGUUGUUUUAAGAAAAUUAAAUCAAAGAGAACAUCAAAUUUGCCUUCAACCACGUUUGAAUGGGUGCCCGCAAUGCACGGAACGGAGCAUUUGCCCUUUAAGUUAUUGAAACAUCGUCCGUGAGGGGAAUGGGGUACUUAGAGAAAAGCGACCGACAGAAUUUGCCUCCGAUAGAUACUUUAUCAACGAGAAAAAUCGAUCACUUGGCCUUGGGAAAAUUUUGGCUCCUUAUUGCAU